UAUUAUUCUUCAUUUAUUUGAAGCUUAUUACAUUUGUAGCUAUUAAUUCUUGAUUUAAAUGUUCAAAACACUUUUCAUUAGAAAUAAAACAUAGUGGUUAUAUACUCGAUUAAAAAUGUACAUUUCGAUUAUAGGCUGAAAAUAUUUUUUACAUUUUCAUAGGAUGUCUGGUGCUGGUGAAGUAGUUUAAGUUGUAGGAAAUUCCUGGAUUAUAUGCCUAUAUAAUCAUAUGAUUAAUUAUAUAUAUACUGGAACAAUAUAUAUAUAUAUACUGGAGAAGCAGCAUGAAAUUUAAGCGAAUCUGAGUGUAGUAUUUUCUAAACAAUUACAGAUUGAAAAAGCUAAGAAAAGAACAUCAAUACUUGAAAGUCAUCAGAUUUUUCAGUUAAUAAUUGUCUUGAACCAAUGGGAUCACCUCAAGAUUACCCAAGUGAAAUGCCUUCAAAUGCUAAUCAACGAAUACCUUCCCGGAAUGACUCAUUUAAAGUGUAUAAUAAUCAAACGAUCAAUAAUCAAUAUUCAAAGCUACCAUUUAAAGUUCCUGGUCAAUUAUCAAACAUAAGUGACUUAAACCCCAUACCAUUUAAUAUACCCAUUACUCCAACCCUUAGUCCUGACAUACGGAAUGUCCAAUCUCACCCAAUAUUUAUUACACCAAAUCCUAUAAGCCCACAACCCAUAUUAAGUAAUACCAUAGAUAAUUAUGAUUAUGUGCCAGUAGCAAAUACUUCAGUUCCUUUGACAAACCGUUUUAAAAGUCUAGAUCAAAUUAAAAAAAACUUAAACAGGAAAACCCAGUUUGAGACUGGAAAUAUAUUUGGAGUCAGGAAAAAACAAUACAGAAACAGAUUUCAUAAUUGGAGUAAUAAACAGGAUUUGCGACUGCUUUUGUCAUCUAAGAAACGAAAACCAGAGAGUAGUAACAUUUUAAGUGAAGACAAAAGUAACAACUUUCAUUUAAUUUCUUGUGAUGAUAAUGAUGAGAUAUGGUUAGAGACAAAUUUGAGAACUCCAAGGUUUCAUGCAUUAUUAGAUAUAUCUGCUUUAAAGAAACUCCUCCGAGUAGAAAAUAAUUUUAAAGUGUGGUAUAUUGUUGUUGAUUCAAACGUCUUGCUAAGAAAUAUAAAUUUUUUAAACAUCUUAUUAAAUUCAGAUUCUCAAUGUUGUUUGAUGGUUCCACAUAUUGUUAUGGAUGAAAUACAAAUGGCAACAAAUUCUUGUCUUCGGACGAAAGCACACAGAGCUGCUUAUUUUAUUUCUCAGCAAGUUGAUGCAAAUAUUGCAGCAAUUGAAGAACCGAAUCUAGAAUAUAAUGAUAAUAGAGACGCUUUAAUGAAUUGCUGUGCAAAAUUAGUUAAUCAGGGCUAUGAAGUGGUCCUUCUAACUGAUGACGUAGAAUUGCAUAAUUUAGAAAAUACUUCCAGUUUUCUCAUAUUUACAGUUAGGCAAAUGAAGAAAAUAUUGCUUAAAACCAACUCAUGUGGCUCAAUUAGUAAUAAUUCAGAGGAACUAGCAUUAAAACAAAAAAGAAAUAUAAAAGUUACAAUUCCAAACGAUGUAAAUAAAAAAUGUUUUGAUCAUAUUCAACAAAACACGGAUGAAACUGAUACAAUAUUGUCACAUGACGCUUGUAUUGAUGAAAACAGUAUACCUAAAGAUGAUCCUAUACAAUUAACAGUUGAAGAUUCCGUUCAGUCAAAUCAAAUUCAAAAGAACACUGAUGAUGUAGCUGUUCAGGCAAAUUCUUUUGAAUUGAAUGCAAUACAUGAAAAUAAUGACCGAAAUGUAGAUACCUUUUCUUCAAGCAAUAAUUUGAAAGCUAAAAGAAUACGUUUGAAACGGACUUUGUCGAACGAUAUAAAUUCAUCUAAUAACAACAGAUCAAAAACAUGGUAUAAGCGUAGAUCACAAAAAAGUUUCACAAGUUCUUGGUGCAAUUCUAAUGUAAGCGAAAAUAUUCAAAUAGAUAUUGAUACAAUGACUGAAAAAAGUUGUCAGCCUAAUUGUCAAAACUCAUGUGGUGUGUCAUCUCUGGAGUCCAUUGAAUCAUUUCAUCAUUAUAGUAACCAUGAAAGUAGUGAAUCGAGUAAUGUUGAAGCUCGAAAAAACUGUAGAAAAGGUUAUAUAAUUGAUGAGAAAUUUGCUUCGGCAAAAUCAAAUAUACAUAAUAUGGAAAAUGAUCAAAGUAUAUCAAAGAGAUCAACCGAAGACCAGUUUUGCUCUGAAAGUUGCGACAAUGGAGACGAAAAUGUAAUGUUUGAAGUAACCAGCAAGGCUAUGGAAGAUAUUUUGAAAAUGAAAUGUGACGAGUGGAUAUCUCGAUUUGUUCAAAUAAUAGAAGAAGUCAGUACUCAAGUCUUACAACAAGAUCCACCCUUUAUUCUAGAUACAAUGCUACCCCCGUGGACUAUAUAUGAAGCAACAGAAUGUAUAAAACGUAAAUUUUCUUACGAUAAUGAUACAGUUGAUGCGGCAAAUAAACUAUUAAAUGUCUUAUUCGAAAUUGGCGGUUUGAGAGGAAAAAUUAAAAUAGAUAUCAACCCCAAUAAAUACAUGGAAAUGUACAGCUAUGGGGUGUAUCUUAUCGAUGCCUUACAGGGGCUAAUAAGUAAUAGUGAAGACCUUCAGAUCGCAGCCGAAUCCCUAUCAAAGCUACUGAGUGACAUUCAAGACUCACACUUAAAUCCCGGUAAUCAAGAUUCCUUUAGUGAUGACCAUAUCCAUAAUCAAGAUACGGCAGUCAAUAUUUCUGAAACUAAAGACCAAACGUGUAAUGAUGCAGAAAUUACGGAUAAUGUAAUUUCUGAUAAAGAUGAAUCUGUCCAAACCAAUGAAAGUGAAAAUAUUCAAAAAGUUAGUACUACAAGCCCUGUCAGAUCAACGUCUCGUGAAAGCAGAGCAGGAAAAUACAAUUCAAGAUCGCAUAGAAAUAAAUUCCUGCAGGAAAAGAGAGAACUACCUGAGAAGAUAACCUUCACACGAAACAACGAUGUAAAAUCUUCCUUUUUUAAGAGUUUACAUUUAAAAAAUACAUUCGAAAUAAAUAAAGAUAUUGAAACUAAGGCUACAGCAUCGGCCAAUCAAGACUUUAACAUUGAAGAUAGGAAAGAUGCAAAUUCAGAAUGUAAUUUAGAAAUUGUUAAAGAAACUAAUGAAAAAAUAGAUUCUACUUCAUAUAAAAAGGAUAUUUUUACUAAUAAAGCAAAAAUUAUUAUAAAUUUUGUUAAAUUCCCUGUAUUUGAAGACAAAAUAAAUAAUAAAUCUAAUUUAGUCUAUGAUAGUUGGACAAAUAAAAAUGAUAAAAAUCGAAGUGAAUUGGAAUGCACAGAAAAUGAACAGAAUGAUUACGAGUUCUUGGAAGAUGGAUAUUACUGUGAUAACGAUUAUGACUAUGAUUACGAAUUUGAAACAAUUGACGCAGAAGAAGUAUCCGGAGAGAAUCUGGAUAAUGAUGAGGAAGAACGACAUGUAAAUACCGGUGUGGAAAUUCAUAAUAUCAAUUUUAAAGCUAUCAUUCAAAAGAUACAACAUAAUAUCAAAGAGACGUUUUCAUCGGUUCAUGGAUUUUGUGAAAAAUGUUACUCUACAUUGAGUUCCGAUAGCGGUUAUUUUAAAAAGAACGACAUACAACAUUUGGCAAAGAAGACACAUUCAUAUUUAAAAGACCUAUGCGAUGCAUUAACUAGCGUAUUAACCAGAGAAACAAGCAAAUCCAUUCACAAAAUGCAGGAAUUGUUGAAGUUUGAAGAAUUCAAAGAUAUCAUAGUCGAAGAUGGAGAUUUAGAAGGUUAUAGGCAUUUCAUCACCCAGUGUAUAGAACAAGGAAGCAUUUUAAAAGAUUCUGUAAAACUUAUAAUUGAAGCAACCAGAGAAUAAAGUAAAACCUUUUAUUUUAAUUAU